AAAAAAAAAAAUCCACAAGAGAAACGAAGGUUUUAAUCUGUUAGCUUCUAUCUGGUUUUCCCGAUUCUUGCUCGGCGCACACUCUUUCAAAUUCUCAAUCUCUCUUCGGCAUCGAUUCGAGCUCAGCCAUGGCACCGAUUCCCUCUCGAAUGACAAGUACGAGCGACGAUGGAGAGAGAGUUUGCCCCCUCUGUGCGGAGGAGAUGGACCUCACGGACCAGCAAUUAAAACCAUGCAAAUGUGGAUACGAGAUUUGUGUUUGGUGCUGGCAUCAUAUUAUGGAAAUGGCUGAGAAAGAGAAGACAGAGGGCCGGUGUCCUGCAUGCCGCACUCCAUAUGAUAAGGAGAGAAUUGUAGGAAUGGCUGUUAACUGUGAAAGGUUGGUGGCAGAAGCGAAUGGUGGGAAAAGACAAAGAUCCCAAAAGGGGAAAACCAAAGUAUCAGCUGAAGCCAGGAAGCAUCUUAGCACAGUUCGGGUGGUACAAAGGAAUCUUGUAUACAUAAUUGGAUUACCUGCUGACUUAUGUGAUGAAAGCCUGCUUGAGCGCAAGGAAUAUUUCGGUCAGUAUGGAGAAAUUUUGAAGGUGUCAAUUUCCCGUCCAGCUAGUACAACAAACCAACAGGCAUCUAAUAACAAUGUAUAUAUUACUUAUGCCAGAGAAGAAGAUGCCGUUAGAUGUAUUCAAGCUGUACACAACUAUUUAUUAGAUGGUAAACGUUUAAGAGCUUGCUUUGGCACUACUAAGUAUUGUCAUGCCUGGUUGAGAAACAUGAUUUGCAGCAAUCCAGAUUGUUUAUAUUUGCAUGACAUAGGCAACCAAGAGGAUAGCUUCACCAAGGAUGAAGUUGUUUCAGCAUAUACGAGGAGUGUUGUCUUGCAGGUUCCUUCCUCUAAUUUGCAAAGACGUGCAGGUAGUUUAUUGCCUCCUGCAGAAGAUUGGUGCAACUUGCAAACAGUCUCAGACAAACACUCAGUUAAUAAUGCCUCAAAAACUACUGAAGCUCAGGCCACAGUUUCAAAUGUUAGUGCUGGAUGGCUUGCUAUUCUGCCAGCAGCUUCCUCUUGGGGUUCACGUGCUUCAAAUGGCUUGACGCCAUCUACAAGCACAGUAUGCUCCCAAAGUUCAGAAAAACAAAAGGUUGAAACCAAAAGCCAUUCUUCUACCCAUUCUUCAAUUAGCAUAGGCGCAGAGGAUGUGUCUCCUUCAUGGCAUGACAAUGAAGUUACAGUGUCAAUAGCUGAGGAAGGGCAUAGCAAUCCUCUUCCAUCAGAACCUUCUAAAUUUCAACCUGGAAAGGUCUCCCCCACAACUGCAUCAGAUCUGACAUUCGUUUCUCUUCAUUCUGAUGCUAACGGUUUUGGAGAUUCAGCAUGGGAUGAUGAUCCUGUUAUAGCAUCUAAACUUGUCGAGGAAACCCCGAGCAGUUCUAGUGCAAUUAUACUGGAAAAAUGGUCAACUGUAGAUAGUGAAUGUCAAAUAUCAGGAGUGGGCCUGCAAACAACCUCUGCUUCAGGUAAAACAAGUUGUAGUUCAUCACAAGUAUGUCUAGCGGGCCCUACUUCCCCAGUUUCUCAAGACAAGGAUGGCAUCUUCUCUGCAUCCAGGAAGAAAAUAGAUGCUGUGAAUUUGAUGGGAGAGGAAAGUUUGAACAAACAAUCUUGUAGUAGUUCUGCUAGGCCAACAGAUGUUAAUCAACAUGCACAUACUUCUUGCCUGGGUUCCUCAGCUCCAUAUAUGGAUAAAAAAAGUAAACCCAACCCAGUUCACAAUCAUGAAAAUAAUGCUUUUGUGGGUUCUACUAUGCUGAGAAGCCAACUUUCUACAAAAGGGAAAAAUGGUUCUGAAGAUCUUGGAAAUUUAAUUUCAGUUCCAUCCUUUGAAGUAACUGUCUCCUCAAAUGCAGUUUCCACAUCCAGUUCAAAUUUAGAGUUACCAAUGAUGGGUUUUGAAUCUACUGGAGAUGGGGAUAAAGAUAUUUCUCCAGCUAUAAUUGGUAUUAAACAAUUAGGCUCUGCUGACACCAUUCAAAUAUCACGCUCACCUCAUUUUACUCACUCUCUUAGUAAUUGCAAACAUCAGCCAUGCAGUAGUUUAAAUGACCUUGAUGCAAAUACCAACUCUUCAUCUGGAGAGUCUAUCAUGCCGAUAAAUGCAGUUUUUAAUCAGACCUCUUCAAAUGAGGGCAAUAAAGUAGACCUUAGCAAUAUGUACAAACCUGAAAUCUCUUUAGACAGUGUUGUGGUUAGCUCCAACAGAGGUUUCAGAUUUUUGGAUAGUUUUAAUGACUCAAGUAGAAGUGAGAAAGAUACAACUGUAAAUACUAAAGAGAGCAACAUCAUUACAGAUAUAUUAUCAUUAGACUUUGACCAAUGGAAUGAGUCAAUGUCACCAGCUGAUGAUUUGUCUAGGAUGCUCAGUGACAAUGGGGGCCAAAAUUCUUCUGUUGCGCUUUCAAGAUCAUGGAUUUCACAAAAUAUCAAUCAAUCUAGGUUUUCCUUUGCUAGACAAGAGGAUCCAGUCAAAUCAGUUGAACCUUCUAUCAGCGAUACUGAACAUAUGAAGAGAGGUAUUAUGUUAAAAGGUUCACGUGCCAAUGGUUUUCAAAAUGGUUCCACAGGCGACGAUUCUUAUGGCUAUUGUGCAACGCAAUCUUUGGAUAGGCCUGCAGGUGUUUCAAGGAUCAAAAUGUUGGCUCCACCUGGAUUCUCAGUGCCAAGCGGAGCACCUCCCCCUGGGUUUUCUGAUCAAGAUCGUUACGAACACAAUUUAAUGGCAACAGUUCCAGAGAAUCAUCUACAUGGUAAUUCUCUAUUUAGGAAUCAGUAUGAAGUUCAUCCAACUGAAAAUUCUGUUGAUUUGGAAUUUAUUGACCCAGCAAUAAUGGCUGUUGGUAAAGGCCAUAUGCCACUUGGAACCAGUAUUAACAAUGGUUUGGGUUCUGCUUUUCCUGAACGGUUCAGAUCUGAGGGUGACCUGAUAGAUCAGCUACUUAUGAAGCGAUCUAUUUCUUAUCAAAAUAUGAGAAUUUCUGACCCUGUAAGGGAAAAUUUCUUGCCUCUUAAUGAUUCGUAUGCCAUGUCCUAUCACUUCCCACAAAACUAUAGCAGUUUAUCUCCUUUGGUACAGCUGUCACUGCAGCAGCCUAGAACCUCACCUAUCUCGAAUACCCACUGGGAUGGUUGGAGUAAUAAGCAAUCUGGGCUGAAUAUAGAUUUCACAUUCCAAGUUCAGGAAAUGUAUACAACAGAGCAUUUGGCAUGUAAUUGUUGUUUGAUGUCUUUCAUCAUUAUAUUUUUCAUAAGCAUUCCAACAAUGGACUUGACUACUAGAAGCUUGUUGAACUAAAGAAGUUUUGACUUUUGACGCAUGGGCAGUUGAUGUCCCGAUUGAUCU